CACCACCACCUCCUAGAGCUCCACAGGAUACAGCACCAGUGGCAUCACUUGCAUCACCACCAGUGAAAACCCCACAACUAUCUCCAGUUCCACAAGGCAUACCAACAACAGUAUCAGAUCCAGGGUCAAGAGACACACUAAGAAAACGCACCACCAGAACCAGCCACAAUUGCUACAGCACAAGGACGCGCUACAGCUCUACAAACUAAAUCCCAAACAGCGGCAGACCCAGCCUCGCAGACCACAGUGGCAGACCCAGUCUCGCAGACCACAGCGGCAGACCCAGCCUCGCAGACCACAGCGGCAGACCCAGCCUCGCAGACCACAGCGGCAGACCCAGCCUCGCAGACCACAGCGGCAGACCCAGCCUCGCAGACCACAGCUCCAAAAGCUACAUCACCAGUAGACUCAGAUCCACAAGCUACAACGCACAAGCCUCAGCUCCAUCUACAGCACAAACCGUAGAAGAAACAGUUCCGCUAGUGACAGCAGCACCAGCCACAGCCCCACGAGCUACCCCUGCACCACCUCCAGCAUCACCACCUCAAAGAUAUACUGAAGCUGUUGCAGAGAAAUAUAUAAUGGAUGCCUGGGCUGGAAAGAAUCCUCACGUUCUACUGUCAAAAAAAGGGAGCUGCAGGGUGAGGAGGUGUGAGGGAGACAGCCAGCAGUGAAGAUGACCAGGCAGACCGAUGUCGACAUACCGGAAACAGGAGCCAUUUUCACAUUUGGAAGGACCAGCUUUGCUAAUAAUGUUCCCAGCAAGUUCUGGCUGAAGAAUGACCAUCCAAAGCACAUGUCAUGUGGCGGAGAGCACUCUGCUGUUAUCACAGAAAAUGGGAGGUUGCUGAUGUUUGGUGGCAACACGUGGGGCCAGCUGGGGUUGAGAAUUAAGCCUAGUGCUAGGAAACCAACCUCUGUGAAAGCCUUGAAGUCUGAGAAGGUGAAGCUUGCAGCUUGUGGGAGAGACCACACAAUUGUUUGCACAUUUCAUGGCAGUGUAUACAGUGCAGGUAGCAACCAGGACGGGCAGCUGGGUUUGGGCCAUUGUGACAAGUCUACAUACUUUCACCUGCUCCGCCCUUUCUGCGACUGGGCACCAAUCAAAAUGCUUUCUGCAGGAUGCAACACCUCAGCUGCCUUAACAGAGGAUGGGAGGCUGUUCAUGUGGGGGGACAACUCUGUGGGUCAGAUUGCUUUCGGCGACGAGGGAUUUGCCGCAGAACCCAGAGAGGUCCAUGUUGGAGAAGCAGUCAUAUGGGUGUCCUGUGGGUACAAGCACUCAGCUUUUGUGACAGUUUAUGGUCGUCUCUACACGUUUGGUGAGAGUGCGAAUGGAAGACUCGGUCUUCAGAAGGAGCAGCUGGCCAAUCACAGAGUUCCUCAGCAGGUGCAGGGAGUCCUGGGUCAUGUCACCCGAGUGUGCUGUGGAGGGGAGCACACAGUGGUCCUCACAGAGAAGAACGUGUACACAUUCGGCAGGGGUCAGUACGGUCAGCUGGGCCACGGAACAUUUCUGUUCGAGGUUCAUUUGCCAAAAGCGCUGCAGCACUUUUGUAACAGCAAGGUCAGACACAUCGCGUGUGGAGAGAACCACACCGCUGUGGUCACCGACAGCGGGCUGCUGUACACGUUUGGUGAUGGUCGUCAUGGAAAACUCGGGUUAGGGGAGGAAAACUUCAUCAACCAGUUCAGCCCGACACUCUGCACACGUUUUCUUCAGUACGCUGUUCAGUCAGUGUCCUGCGGUGGUCACCACAUGCUGGUCCUGGCUACACCCAGACCAGCAGAGAGCCAAGAAGUGGUGCCAGAGAAGGAUGUCUUAAUCACAGAUGACUUUCUGGAGUCAAGUUUUACCAAAAUCAUCUUUAAAAACAAGUUCAUCAAUCCAACUCCACCAUCCCCACUCUCAGCCCUCUCAGCCCGGGCACGCCACCGAGACAGAGUUCGUUCUGUGGAGUUGUUUGGGGAUAAGUUUCAGAGCCUCCCACGGCUUAACUCUGACUUUCUCAACACAUCUCGGCAAACAUCCAGAAAUUCCCUAACCCUGAAAACCCUUUCAAAGGAUGCUACUACUCCUUCAUCAUCCCCAAAACCAAAAUCAGAGGUGGCAGGAAGCCCACUUCUCUCCCCCAGAUCUCGAUCCAUAUCCCCUCAGAGUCCACUGAUAUCCUCUAAGGCAUCAAGCCCACAUUCACAAUCAUCAUUCACGCUUCAAAGUAAAGCAUCCACGUCUGCUUCUUCUAAGUCUAAAUGCAAAAAGGUGCCCUCUCCUUUGCUUUUACCAAAGUCUAUAACAAAAUUAAACCCCAGCAGUCCUGUAGCUACUAAAAUGACUGCAAAGCCUAGACUAAACCGAGCAGCAGCCCCUAAGAAGCCUCUAAGUAACAAAUUCUCAUCUCCUGUGCCACCUAAAGAGCCCUACACACCGACUAGACCCCCCAGUAAUGUUUUCAUUAAAAAUCUAAAGGAGGAAGAACAUCCUGCCCCAACACAAACAGAAAAUGUUAAGAGACAAAUAAUCACUGGAGAAGUGGAGGAGAAAGAAGACUCUGACUUUUCACCAUAUAUGGAAAAGAAAAAGGGCAGAGCUUUUAGACACGGAGUAAAGGAAGCAGAAGCAUUUGCACAACAGAUCCAGACCAACGAGAAGACCGACCGAAACUCCCAUAAGGUUUUGCCAACAGAGCUUAUGAAGGGCCCCAGCACCUUGAAGACAGAAGUGUCUCAUCUGAAGAGCACAAAGAAAAAUCACAAAGUGACUUCAAACAGCAAAGAGAACAUCACCAAGGAGUCCAGCGACAUCAAACCUUCAGAAAACAGGCAAGCUCAAAAACAGCUCCCGCAUUUUAAAUCACCACAGCAAGAUAAGAGGAAACCGUCAGAGUAUAGCACAAAAACACAACAGACGCUGACAGACGCACCGGGGAGAGUGACUGAAGUGAAGCACAAGACAAGGAAAACUGAGGAUUUGAGAGAAAGUAAUAAACCGAAUGAAGAGGAUAACAGCUCUCUGAAGAAAGGCUUGACAAGGACCCCAAGAAAGGAGACAAAGAAAUCAGUAUCUUUAGAUCAGAAAUCUCCUUCUAUCAAGGUCAGUAAAGUGAAUCAAGCAGCCAAUCUAGCAUCCACAGAAAAUGCCGUAAAGGAAAAUGAAGCAACUCAGAGGGGAAGUGAUGACGUCAAACCUGUUGAAGUGGCAAGUCGGGGGACGCGGCGAGUCAAAUCGACUCUAACAAAAGAUCAGCACAAGGUUAAAUCUGUACCAGGAAAAGGUAACAGUGCAGCAGUGGAUGCUAAAUCACCAGCAACGCAGGAAGGAAACACAACACCUUUUAAGGCUGAAACCAAGAAAUCUGUCUCCAGAAAAACACCUUUGAAAGUUAAGGGAAAAUUGCAAGAGCUUAAACCAACACCAGUCAGGGAUCAAAGUAAAUGUGCAGAAAAUCCCCUCAUUGAAGGUGAAAGCAAAGAAAAGUGUGAGGAAAAUGAGUUAAAUUGUGCCAAGGAUGCCACUCUGAAGAUGAAAGGUGGGACUGUGGAUGAGCAGAAAUUGUCAAAAAUAAAGGACAAAAAGAUGGCAAAAGAAUCCGGUGCUGAACAGAGGGCAAAAACAAAACGAAGAGGAGGAGGCAAGGAAGAGGAAAUCAGAGUUAAAGAUGAGGAUGUUGACUCUGAGAAUAAGAUGAAGGCUAAACCAAAGAGUGAAGCUUCCAGCCUGCUGUCAUCUCAGCAGGAUACACCUACAGAAGUGAGAGGUAACCCAAUUUCCCCUCAAAGCCCAGAGGUGGAUUCUCUCAGAGCUGCAAAACCCCUGCAAGGCGCUGAGCCUGUUGGUAUGGAUUCCCGUGUUUCUGAAACAGAUGAAGAGGACACUCGGGGCAAGAAUGGGGAAAAAACAAAUUGGGGAGAAAUUCUCAGUAAUUCAGCGUCACUUCUUCCAGCUGCUGGGAUUGCAGGUGCAGCUAUUGAGGUCCUUCGUCAGGCAGUGACAAGUGUGCAGUCUGACAGUGACAAAGCCACCUCGACACCCUCUAAAACGCUCAGUAAUGUCAGACAAUUCACGAAGCAGAGUGCAGUUACGGAGCCGUCCUUGUCCUCCACAUUGUCACAUUUUUCUUCCUCGAAUGAAACGGAGGAUGGCCCGAAGACAGAUGCUCAAGCUGGUGUUCCAUCGGAAUCUGUAAAUGAAUCCCAAGAAGGAGAAAAUGAUGACAGCAGUCGUGAUCCAUCAGAGGGGGAGGCAGUGAAAGGGGGCUUGUCUGAGCAGAUCAGGGGUGAACACAUGGAGGAUUCACAAAAAGAAGUGGAGGAGAAAUCCGAAAAGGAAUCUGGAGAGGAUGAGGAUUCUGAGGAUGGGGGAAAGAAUGAAGAUGAAGAUGUAGAGAGUGGAAGUGAUAGUGAAGAUAAAAGGGAAGAAUCUGAGAGUAGUAGUGACAAAGAAACAGGAGAGGAGAGCAAUACUGGAGAGGGAGAGGAAGAUAAUGUAUCUGAGGAAGAAGAGGGUGAGGAGAAAACAAGCAGGAGUGAUGAAGAUGAAGGAAGUGAUAAAACUAAUGCUGCUGAAACUGAAGGAGAGGAAGAAAGCAGUAAGAAGACAAGUGACGGAUUGAGUGACUCUGAUGUGAGUGAAGGAGCUGAGGAGGAAGAGGAGGAAGGUGAAAAUGAAGAGUCCAGUGAUGAAGAGAGUAAAGAGGAUAAAGAGGAAGAGAGCAAGAUGAGUGAGGAUGAAGAGAAGAAAAGCGGUGAUGAAUCAGAGAGCGAUGAGAGCACAAGCCGAGAGUCAGAGGAGGGGGAGGAGGACGGAGAGGAAGGAGACACUGCAGAAUCUGCCAAAACUGAAGAAGAAGAAAAUGAUGAAGAUGAAGAGGGCGAAACUGAGGAACACAAUGAUGCCUCCACAGAAAAUGAGGACGAGGAGAAGGACUCGGUGGAAGAUGAAGAGGCUGAUAAGAGUGAAGGAGAGCAAGACAGUGAUAAGGGAGAGGAGGAAGGAGAUAGCGGGGCUGAUGAAGAGGAACUCCAAGAUGAAAAAAGUGAUGAAGAAGAAGAGGAAGGAGGUGAGGAAAGGGAAGAAAGGGAGUCCGUAGGUGAUGGGGAAGCUGAGACAGAAGCUGGAGAGGAUGAGGAUAAAGAAGAGAGUGAGGAGGAGGAAGAGUCUGCAGAAGAGGAAGAGAAGGAGGAGGAGGAUACAGGGGACGAAGACACAGAAGCUGAGGAAGAAGAGGAAGAGAAGGAGGAGGAUGCAGGGGAUGAAGACACAAAAGCUGAGGAAGAAGAGGAAGAGAAGGAGGAGGAUACAGGGGACGAAGAAACAGAAGCUGAGGAAGAAGAGGAAGAGAAGGAGGAGGAUACAGGGGAUGAAGAAACAGAAGCUGAGGAAGAAGAGGAAGAGAAGGAGGAGGAUACAGAAGACGAAGACAUAGAAGCUGAGGAAGAAGAGGAGGAGAAGGAGGAUAUAGGGGAUGAAGAAAAAGAAGCUGAGGAAGAUGUUACAGAGGAAGAAGAUGAGGAAGAGAAUGAAAGUGAGGAAGAGGAGAAACCAAAAGGAAAAAAUAAAAGCAUGGAGCCUGCUAAAAAAAAUCUGUUAGAGAGUGAUGAAGGGGAGGGGGAGGAGGAGGAGGGGGAGGGGGAAGGUGAGGAGGAAGGGGAAGAAGAGGAAGAACAGCAAAAACAGACAAGGCUAAGAGGAGAAAGGAAAGACAUGAAAGGUAAUGAUGAGGAAACUGAUGAUGAAGAAGAAAGGGAAGAAGAGAAUAAGGAAAGGGGAAACGAGAACCAGGAGGAGGAGGAGGCAGAAGAAGAGGGAAUUGAGGAAGAGGAAGAAGGAGAUGAAAAUGAAGAAGAGGAGGGGGAGGAUGAGGAAGAAGAAGAGGAAGAGGAGGAACAAGCAAAAUCAGCAAAGAAAAUAAAAGAGAAGCGACAGAAGCCGCCACCAGACAGAAGCGACAAACAGAAAGAAGCACCCAAACCAGCACCGAGGACCAGGCAGCGAGCUGCAGGGGAGGCGAAAGCUGAGGAGUCUCAGCAGUUCUGGAACGAUGUCCUGCCUCAAUACCUAGACCUGCAAUGACCACGCCCACAGUGAAGCCACACCCACAAAAAUCUCAGCUAAACACGAGCUUCGUCUCACGUUAUUCUUUAUGCUCUGAAAACACAUAACAAGUGUGUCUAAGCACUUUUUUAAAACCCUUACACUGUCCAAGGCAGUCAAGCCAUUUAUACUGCAAUGUAAGUUUUGUCAAGAACUAUUUUCACGUGCGUAUUGAUACACAUGUGGUGCACUUAGCAACACUAAAGUGGUGUAUUUGGGACUACUAGCUUGAGGGCACUGAUGCCAAAAUGUGAACACAUAGACUUCAAUUCAAUUCAAUUCAAUUCAAUUUUAUUUAUAUAGCGUCAAAUCGCAACAACAGUCGCCUCAAGGCGCUUUAUAUUGCACAGUAGAUCGUACAAUAAUAGAUACAGAGA